AUGGCCGCCGUUCCACACUACCCCGAAUUUGAUUGUGAGUCAACAGCAAGAGCAGCAAGAUGGACAAAAUACAUAAAAAGACUGAAAAACUAUUUUGUCGCACAUAACAUUGAGGAUGACAAACGGCAAAAAGCAAUCCUUCUAACGUUUGUCGGCGAGGCUACGAAUGACAUUAUCGACGAGAUACCACAGGAGCGAGUCACACCAGAAAAAAAUGAAACACAUUUCGACAAGCUUGUCUCAGCGGUGCACAACCACUUUAACCCGGAAAACGACACGGAAUACAACCGAUUUGUGUUCCGGAAAAUUAAACAAAAUAGCCCAGGCAUCGAAGAAUUCUACCGCAAACUAAAGGAAGCUGCGUCUAUGUGCCGUUUUUCCGACAUGGAUUUCGAGGUGAAGUCCCAACUAAUCACAGGCUGCCUGUCGGAUAAAGUCCGCCAGAAGGGACUCAUGAACUCGGAUAUGUCACUACAUGACUUAAUAAACUACACAAGGACAACGGAGACGAUAGCGUCGCACCUACAAACAAUGCGACUGGAAGACAACACUGCUACUGCUACAACCGCCCCAAUAAACAAAGUCGCGGACGAACAGCGCCGACCAAGCAACUACCCCCGGCAAUACCGGUGCAGGAAUUGCAACGGAAAAUACCCACAUGAGCGGGGACCGACGUCUUUCCCGGCAUUUCAUACCCAGUGCACAUACUGCGGAAGGUGGGGACACUUCACCUCUACCUGUUUCAGAAGAUUAAACGACGGAAACAGACAACGGGAAACAAAUCGUCCCCCACGAACACAGACCAAUCGACGCUCAGUGAACCGCAUUGAAAACGACCAACGGAACCCACGUAGCAGUGGUAGUGAUACAGAAUACGUGUUCCACACAGCUGGAUCUCGGAACUUGCCACCUCCAAUUGAAAUGGAUACUCCAGCAAACAGGAGUUCAUCUUUAUUUUGGGGGCUUCCCAAUCAAAUAAAAGGGCAACUUGAUGAACAAUCACAAACUCUCCACAAAAUCAAUUCCACAGUCCAGAAACUUGAAGCUGAAAACGCUCUUUAUAAACAAGAAUUGAUGACCGCCCUCGCCAAUAUUCACCAGUUAUCAUCUCUUUUGGAUAACGAACGACGAAAAUCCCAUUUUCUUUGGAGAGACACUUCAUCCAAAUGCAAGAAAUGCUAUGCACAGAAACGAAGAGAAUGUCACAUGAAAUAA